CUCCCAAUUUUAGUGUCUGCCCACUAACAUUCUCAUUAAUGGGCUGUAGUUUGGCAGGAAACAGAGAGAGUGGGAGUUAGAGAGAGAGUAAGAGGGACAGAGGGAGGGAAAGUUAGAGAAGAGGCUUGAUCUGAUAAGCUGUGCAGCUGAGCUCUGCUCUGGUCAUGAAAGAGCUUGAUCUCUGAUCGGCUGUCAAAUACUUUGCGGUGAGUGAAACUUCUGGCAGGCCAUUCUCAGGACUCUCACAGAUUGGAGUGGUUUGGUUGCAGACUCUCAUCACUUCAGCAGGAUAACAACUUUCCACUAGAGCUUUUCUCUUAUCCUGCUACCGCUCACAGGACAAGUCUCAGUCAUGGAAUGAGCCCAGGAGGAAGUAGAUAAUUUACUGCACUCUAGCAGCCACAACCAGAGGACGACGACGUUCAGGCAUCCUGUGACGGGACAGAUUUCUUCAGAAAACACUGACUUCAUAUUACAGGACCCGACAUAUUCACAGAUGUCCAAGCCACCACUAGAGCUGAGGCCUCCCAGCAUGGUCAGCGAGUCCUCUGUCACCAUCUCCUCAUCCCCAGCGGACACCACCUCAGGAUCCAGGAGUUUAAAAACCAGUGGGAAGGUGCAUUGCUUUGGCAAGCGUGACCAUUCCAUCAAAAGGAACCCUAAUGUCCCAGUGGUGGUGAGAGGAUGGCUCUACAAACAGGACAGCUCGGGCAUGAGACUGUGGAAGCGCAAGUGGUUUGUGUUGUCUGAUUACUGCCUGUUUUAUUAUAAAGACAGUCGAGAAGAAACAGUUCUGGGCAGCAUUCCUCUGCCCAGCUAUGUCAUUUCUCCUGUGGGACCAGAGGACCACAUCAGCCGCAAGUACGCCUUCAAGGCAUGCCACACGGGAAUGCGCUCCUACAUUUACAAUAAGAAUUCUCUGAUUGGCUCGCAGGCCGAGCACUGUGGCAUGAGGACCUACUUCUUCAGCGCUGACACCCAGGAGGACAUGAAUGGCUGGAUCCGGGCCAUGAACCAGGCUGCACUGAUGCAGAACCUCGGCGUCAAGAGAGAGGCAGAAAGAAGCUCCAAACCUGAGCAGCAUACAGUUCUUCAGACCAACCACUUCAGCAGCAGCAGCAUCAAAAGCUCCUCCCAGGCAGAGGGCCUCCAGCAGGCAGCACAAGGGGAGGUGGCAGAGUUGAGGCCGGAGCGAGACGGGGAGGAGUGCUGUGUUUACAGCAAGGAAGUCCUGGAGGAUCCUGUCAAAUGCGUUUCCCCUGGAGAGAUGGAGUUGGAGGGGCUUUCCCAUCCAUCUCGCUCACCAUCUACUGUGCCCGCACACAGGAAUGGGCUGCCCUCCUCGGGCAUGCCCCCUGAUCAGAACGGGAACGUGGUGUAUAAGAGGGGCCUCGUCCCCCGCAUAGACACAGAAAAAAAGGUGCAGAGGAAAACAGCACUUGCUCAGGUGGAGCACUGGAUGAAGGUACAGAAAGGAGAGCCCAAAAGCCAUCCCACAACUGAGCACACCCUCCCUAGACGGACCCCUCCUCUCCAGCCUAAGGCAGCCAUGAUGGAUGCGUACCAGUCGUUGCCAAAGACCACUCGCCACCACUCUGGAGGCGGUUCCCCCCCAGUUCCCCGCAACCUGCCCAGUGAUUACAAGUACGCCCAUGACCGUCUCAGUCACUUUCGUAUGUCCACUGACGAACGGUUGGCCACUAAAGAAGGGAUGGUUUGGCAGCUGUACGAGUGGCAGCAGCGGCAACAGUUCCGCCAUGGCAGCCCCACAGCACCCAUCUACUCCGGGCCUGACUUCAUGGACACGGCAGCCGUUAGGGUCACUCUGGAGAUGCCCCGGUCCAUAUCUGUGCCCCCAUCACCAUGUGACAUACCCCCACCCAGACACCCCUCCAAAUCCCUGUCCCUUCGCAGGCCCCACACUCCCUCUGACAGGGUGACGGUGCGCCCCCUGGAUGAGUUUGCCACCAUGGACACACCUAGCUUGGGUUCUCCCAGAGGAGUGUGUUCCCAGAUCUCAAAGACUUCACAACUAGAGAGGAGAUCCAUGCCAACAAUGGGCUACAUCACACACACAGUCAGUGCACCGAGUCUGCAUGAAAAAACGCUGGAGGAGUUGACCCUGCUGCUCAUCCAGCUCAGGAGACACCGGGCCAAGAUGGCCAGCGUGCACAGCAAAACAUUCACACACCUGCAGAACCAGUACAACGGCCUCUCAGGCCCCAGUUUGCAGGCAGAUGACACUUACAUGCAGCUGAAGAAGGACCUGGAGUAUCUUGACCUGAAGGUGGGCUCUAGUGGAUCUGACUUCACCUUCCUCCUCCUCUCGCAUCCUCCCUCCCUCUCUCUCAAGGUAACUGGAUGUGACUCACUUAAAGAUCGAUCACCUCUGCCUGUUAAAAUAGCUGAAAGUGACAUAGAUGUUAAGCUUAGUAGGUUAUGUGAGCAAGACAUGAUCCUUCAGGAGCUGGAGACAAGGAUUCGGGCACUCAAAGAAGACAAGGACAAGUUGGAGUCAGUUCUGGAUGUUUCCCAUCAGCAGAUGGAGCAGUACAGGGACCAGCCGGCUCAUGCAGAGAAGAUCGCUUACCAGCAGAAACUGUUGCGGGAGGACGUAGUGCACAUCAGGGCGGACAUUUCACAGGUGUCUACGGAGAUGGAAAAUGCUUGGGCAGAGUACAGUCACCUGGAGAAAGAUGUGGACAGACUGCGAUCAGCCCUUCAAGACCAGAUGACCCACAGUGCUCUGUCUCGGCAUGAGAAGUGUCAGCUGAGGAAGGAGCUGUGGAGGAUCGAGGAUGUGCUGGCGGGCCUGAGCUCCAGCAAAGCCAACUACAAAGUGACCAUUGACUCUUUGCGGAACCCAGGUGAGAGCAGGCCCCUGCCUGCCAUCACCCCCAUGCACUGGAACACAGAGCGAGAGAGGAAACUCCUGCCUUCAGUGUCAUUGUCUGCAGUGCCUUCUCUCUCUGCAAGCCCUUCAAUGGGAGAGCUAAAAGCUGCCCAGCCCAGUCCUCACCUUAGCUCAGUGCAGUCCACCCAGCAGCCCCUGAAGCUCUCACAAACGCUCCACAAGCCAGAAUGGACUGAGGAAGAUGCCCCACCCAGACCUCCCCUCCCUCACCUCUACAGCCCUGAUGAUCACCCCCCUGCUGUGCCCCCUCUUCCCAAAGAAACCUCCGUCAUCCGCCACACAUCAGUCCGUGGCCUGAAGCGUCAGUCCGAUGAGCGGAAGCGCGACCGUGAGAUUGGGCAGUUCACAAAUGGAGAUCAUAAGGUUGAGAUACGGGCAUUCCUCAGUGAACCUGAGCUGCUGGGAGUUGGUGAACAAAUGGGCGGCUUGACCUGUGACAGUGGCUACCAAACCCUACCAAACAGAGGUUUGUUAGGCUCAUCUUCAAGACUAAAUCAGUCAACAAAUAUUUCAUCAUUUGUCACCCUCAGAAGAGGAGUCACCACCACAAGCUUGAAGGAGAGACCAAAGAGUGCCUUGGAGCGACUGUACUCUGGGGAGCCCGUGCAGCAGCGCAGCCGCAUGAGUGCAGAAGAGCAGCUAGAGAGGAUGAAGCGUCACCAAAAGGCUCUUGUACGGGAGCGUAAGAGAACGCUCAGUCAAAGCGAGCGGCAGGCCUCUUCAUCUCGCUCCUCUACCUCCGCCUCUAGACCCGUGUCUGCAGACCUGGGAUCAUGGAGGAGAGAGCAGGAGUUUGAUAUGCAGCUGCUGGAGCAGGCAGUACAGGGUGAGGAGAGGCCAGCUGAGCACACUGAGAGACAGCGCUCACACUCAGAUGAGUGGCUCACCCUGAGCAGCAAACCCAGAGAGCUGGACCUAGAGCCUCUGGACUACCAGCUGGAUCUAAGCAAAGAGCUGUCUAAGCCGCAGAAGGUGGCUAUCCCUGAGCGCUAUGUAGAUCUGGAGCCGGAAGAGCCUCUCAGCCCUCAGGAGAUGGAGGCCCGUCACUGCAAAGUGGAGCGCAUCAAGAGCAUUCUGGCCAAGUCUAGUUGGCCGUCGGCACGCUUGGAAUGUGUUGGAAUUUCAUUCAUAAGAUACUCAACUGUGUCUUCGUGUGGGACAUCCAGCAUGGUUAUCAAACUUCUUGUAGUGGCCAAUCCCAAACAACAAAAACUAUUUUGCCACAUCGUUGAAUUUUGCCAUACAGGUGAACAACUAAAUGAACUCCGGUUAUAUAGAAAAAAAAUAAACAUUCUUAAUAUAAAUGGCUCCUACAAUAUUUAAAAGGAUAGUUCACCCGAAAAUGACAAUUCUCCCAUCAUUUACUCACCGCAUGCUGUCUCAAACUCGUCUGACUUUCUUUCUUUGAAGGAUGCAUGAGGUUUUAUAAAAGUAAACUAUGUGACUCGAGUGGUUUAAUACAUGACUUCUGAAGCUAAUUAUUUGCUUAAGGUGAAAAACAGACCAAAAUUUAAGUCCUUAUUCACUUUAAAUCUUCACAUCAGCCUUUGGAAAACAGUGCAGGCUUUAAGAUGGUGAUUCUUUGACGUUGCACUCGGUUGCCAGUAUCAUUAUACAUCAAUAAGAUGUUGCAUUUUCAUUUUCUAGUGUUUACCAUCAACCUUUUGGCAACUGCUGUACAUUUUUAAAGUAUCCCACAAAACUCAACCAGCUACUCUAUCAUUUUAACUCGUGUCUGCAUUUUUGAAAAUAGCCCAGCAACACUGUGUUCGGUUUGUGUAGAGCACGCGAAUUCGCAAAGUUUGAGGAAGUGUGUAAACAAGCUUCUCUAAUGAAUGUGCCAAGGAGACAGUGGAUGUCCAUAUUUAAAGUAAAUAAGGACUUAAAUGUUGUCUGUUUCUUAAAACCAGAUGCUAUCAUAUGGCUUCAGAAGACAUGGAUUAAACCAUAAGUCUUAUGGAUUACUUUUAUGUUGCCUUUAUGUCCUUUUUGGAGCUUGAAUGUUUUGGACCCAAUUAACUUACAUUGUAUGGACAAAAACACCUCAUACAUCCUUCAAAUAAAGAAAGUCAUACAAGUCUGGGAUGGCAUGAGUGUGAGUAAAUAAUGAGAGGAUUUUCAGUUUUGGAUGAUCUAUCCCUGCUGUGGCAGUGCAUCAUUUUUGUCCACCCUGAACUUGCCAUUGUUCACUUUGCUGUCUUUUGUGUGUGUGUGUGUGUGUGUGUGUGUAUGU